CGCGAGGCCCUUGCCGCGGGCGGCAUCCCCUUGUUGCCGCCGCCGCCGCCAACAUCAUGCCGUCGUCGCCGCUGCGAGUGGCCGUGGUGUGCUCGAGUAACCAGAACCGGAGCAUGGAAGCGCACAACAUCCUCAGCAAACGAGGAUUCAGUGUCAGAUCCUUUGGAACAGGAACUCAUGUGAAGCUUCCAGGACCAGCACCAGACAAGCCGAAUGUUUAUGAUUUCAAAACAACAUAUGAUCAGAUGUACAAUGAUCUUCUUAGGAAAGACAAAGAACUCUAUACACAGAAUGGGAUUUUGCACAUGUUGGACAGAAAUAAGAGAAUCAAGCCCCGGCCAGAAAGAUUCCAGAACUGUAAAGAUUUGUUUGACCUCAUCCUUACCUGUGAAGAGAGAGUCUAUGACCAGGUAGUAGAAGAUUUAAAUUCCAGAGAGCAGGAGACCUGCCAGCCAGUGCAUGUGAUUAAUGUGGACAUUCAGGACAACCACGAAGAAGCCACCCUAGGAGCCUUUCUCAUUUGUGAGCUCUGUCAGUGUAUACAACACACAGAAGACAUGGAGAAUGAGAUUGAUGAGCUAUUACAGGAAUUUGAGGAGAAAAGCAGCAGGACUUUCCUCCACACAGUCUGCUUUUACUGACGCCCGCCUUGGCUUCCCAGGCGUUGGAGCUGAACGAAGCAUGUAUUCUGCCAGAAGGAGGCAGUAUUACCCAAAUAAAUUGUACAUAUAAAAUGAGAAGAGAGAGACACAUAAAAGGCCAUAUGAAAAAAAUCAGGUUUUUUUUUCCUGUCCCACUUUUCCUUAUUAUAAGUGGGAUACUAAUUAUAAUGAGGAUAUUUUUCUUUAAAUGGAAAAAAAGGUUUAUAUUGUAUCCCCCCCUCCCCCAGCUUAUUCAUUUCUUUAGUUGUGCAUUUUUCUUUACUGUAAUUGGCUGGAGUAUACAAAGACCUGAAUGAAACAAUGGAGUGUAUAUUACUAGGUAUGAACUUGGCUCUGUCCUCUGCCUUCAGAACGAAAGGGUUAAUUGCUCCCUUUUUCUGAACCUGGAUCCAGUCAUGUUGCACUAAGGGGAGGAUGUUGAUGGAAAGCCUGGAUUCAGGAUCAGUUCUGAAAAAGGAAACUUGACAGUGAGUAGGGGCACAGAAGCAGAACCACCAUGCUCACUGGCCCUGGGCCCACAAGACAUCCCCAGGGACCCUGGCCCUCCUCAGGAUGCCUGCCUCUUCUCUCAGAAAUGUGGCUGAUGUUGCUGUUGAACAAAUCUGAUCUUGGUUUGCUAGAAGUUCAGCACAGACUCCGAGCAAACCUUACUGUGGUUGGUUUGGUUUUGUUUUCUUUUUAGGUUAAAAAAAAAAAAAGUUACAAGUUCCCAGAAGGGUUCCUUAUUUUCUGACUCUAAGAGAAUCUUUCCAGCAGGAGGAGCCAGCUUAGAUUCAGGUGGGGGCCUGUUCCACGAAAGCUGCCUCAGCACCUUGGAGAGCUCCAGUUGUGCUUGGGUUGGAGGGGCACAGAUGGGCAUCUCUAUUCACUUAGUUCUGGCUGCAGGUCUCUUCACCUUUUUUGUAUAUAACCUGUUUGCUGCUUGGAGCGACAAAGAAGCUCCCUUCAUGCUGGAUGACAGAGUAGGAUAAUUUACUGAAACCACACAGGUCAGGAAGAUGGCCUUGAUUCAAAAGCCUUGGUGCUCUACCCAGUCUGGUCUGGUCCAUGGUGGGCUCUGCCUCCCUAAUUCUUCCGAGGCCUGCAGAAGAGAAUGUGAGAAGCAGUUUGCUGAAGAGCCCUGUAAGAAAGGGGAUGGAUGGCCUCCCCCUCCCAGAGGUCGAGAUUGGGGCCUCUCUAGAACACCUUGUCUUCCUUAAUAAUCCUUGCUGGAUCUGUCCAACAGAAGCUCACCUUUUUCUGUCUCUAGUGUCAGCCUGUUUACCUCUUCAGGUAAUAAAUUCCUGACUUAAUAAAUUAAAUAAAUAAUAA